AUGAGGUACACGGGCGUUCUCGCCCUCCUCACCAGUCUGGCAACGGCCUCGCCCAAUGCGCAAUUCCCUGACAACGCCAACCACAUAUUCAACGCAAUUCAUUCAUCAAUGAGACAAUGGGGCUCGUCUCUACAUCACAAUGGGAUGUCCUUUUUCCUCGCCUCCGUGCCUGCAGGUACCCAGCUGUACCACGGCACGCACCAGCCUGAUCGAGUGACCGGGACAGAAUGGCUCGCCUUUGAACCAGAACACGCGAUGGUCUUUGCGAGACCGCCCGGACACGGUCGUGGGCCUCCCCCUGGCGGUCCUGACGGUCCUGACGGUCCUGAUUCUGAUGGCCCACGCGGCUCUGCGUUCCAAAAGCUGCUGGGACUGAUUGCCGAGACUUACAAUGACCCCGAUGCUGGAGGCUGGCUGCAUACAUACGCGGCUGCCAAGGAUCUGCGACUUGUGUAUAUCGACGGAAUGUCUGCCGCCAAGACCUCGAACGGGACGCUCGACUCUCAGGAUCGAAUUUUGCUGCAGGAUGCGCUGGAUGACGGACAGGGGGGCGGGAUGCGAGAUGAAAAGCGGCGCGCGGAGACGAUCUGCCGGAUGGCGAGGGAGGAAUGGGAGGAUCGGAUUGACGGGGUGAUCCGUAUGGAGGCUGGGUUUGAGAUUAUCCUGUGUGAUUUUGCUCGCGAUUUGGACUUGCUGCAUGUGGUGCGGGUGAAACCUGAUGGUAAUGGCCCCGGUGGCCUGAGAGCUGGGCCUGGACGCGAACCUGACCGGGGCAACGAGAAGGGAAAGGGGCCUGGAGGACCGGGUGGAGCGAACCGGUGGUUGAAGGCCAUUGCGGCCCGGUACCAUGGGAUCGGGGGACACAGGGUAGCGUUGAACUACGAUCAUUUUGUCACAGCGUACACCUACGGCUUAGACCUUUUCGCCUCGGCGGAGGGAGGCCAUAGACUACCACGACUUCAACACCUGUCGUCUGCUGACCUGGAUCCCAUCCGCAUGGAUUUACACCGGUUGAUCAUGACUCACGACGCGAGUGAGCCUUCAUUCGACUGGCAGGCCGUCACAGAUAUGGUGAUUGAACGCUACGCACACGAGCUGCGGUACCUGGCUUCUGGGGAACUCUCGACUACGGAGCAGCUGCAUGGGGAGCUGGAGAUCAUCCUUAGUCCAUUUAUCCACUACAGCGACCGGAACAUUACUCUCGAAGCAGAUCGAUGUAGCACGCAAUUCCUGUCCGUGUGCAGUGCGGAUAAAGGAGUAGCUGCACAGGCUGUUCGGUCCGUUGCUCGGACGAUCUGCUCGACUCUGCUGGAGGCUUGGGGCCAGACGGACUACGGGCUGGCAGUGAAGCACAUUAACGAUCUGAUGGAGUAUCUAUCAUGGACCACCUGGAAGGAAUGCAGUGGAUGCGGCGACCAUGAGAUCUGUGUUGUGCCUAUAUGGCCGAUGGGCACAGUGGAGGAUUACGAGCAUCCACAGUGCCGCAAUGCGAAUCAACCAAAUGGGGAGGGUUCUAGGUACUGGGGAGGUAUGGGGCCUAGAUAG